AUGCCAUCCGAGAGCGAAAACUCAGUCCAAACCGCCAAAAAAAUCGCCACUUGUCUCCAAAGCCCCGACAAGAAAGUGCGCAAGCAAGUCUUCGUCGACCUCCAGACGUUUCUCUCCGAGAAUGAAUUCUCCAACCAAGAACUUCGCAAUAUCUUCUCCGAGACGCACAUGUACACCCUCAAUGGUUUCCGCGACAAGACGGAGCUCGUGCGGGAGCAGGCAAUCAAGUUUAUGUCGUUUUUCGUCAUCGACAAGCUCCCCUUGAACGAUUUUUACCUAACUUAUGUGUGUCCCGUGCUGGUGGAGCGAAUCGGGAGCGUGGAGUUGAUCGAAGAGUCCGAGGAGAUUCGGCUGGAGUUGGUCAAGUUUUUGCAGGCGAUUAUUUUGAAGUACUCGAAUAGCGAACAGUUGAAGCCGUUUUUGGGCGACUGUGUGGUGAUUUUGUGCGAGAUGGUGAAGGACAAGCAUCCGGCUAUUAAGGAGCUGAGUUGUAGGUGCGUGGUGGAUUUAGCGCAGGCGUUACCGAGGGAUUUUCAUAUGCAGGCGGAGAGUUUGGUGAAGCCGAUUGUGAGUUGUUUUGGGCAUCAGAGGUUUAGGGUGAGGGUGGAGGCGGUGAAGGCGGUUGGGGAGGUGAUUAUGCAUAGUUCUUAUAAAGGGUUGGAUGAGGCAAUUGUUCCAAUGGCUGAGAAGUUGUUUGAUCAGAUACCGCUAGUGAGAAGAACGGUUGGUCAAGUGGCUGCCAGGUGGUUAAUGGAGUAUAGAGAUAGAUACUCGUUUUUCUAUAAAAUAUUACCUUUACUAUUGACAGGCCUCAAUGAUGAAGUAGAGGAGACCAGAAUUGAAGCACAAGAUCUCUGGGAAAAAGUAGGGCUUCAGUACAAGAACGAAAAUGAGAAGGAUUUGAAGGACCAAAUUGACUUUCUGCUUGAGCCGCCAAAAUAUUAUCCAAAAGAUAUAAAAAGACCCAACUUGGGAUGUCGCGUACUUGUCCAAAGAAACGUCAUUAAAUUAGCUAAAGCCCUCGCUCUUGAACUAACUUGUUGGCAAGAAGAUGUGCGUGUUCGUUGUUCACAAUUAUUGUGCAGCCUUGCUUUACAUUCUGAAGAGGGCUUAACACAGAAUUUACAAGAAUUGUUACCGGCUAUGUACUCGGCAGCAAGAGACGACGAUCAGAGGGUUGUUGUCAAUAUAAUUAGAGCUAGUGAAUUAAUGGGGAUUUUUAUACCCACUAAAACGUGGUACCAACUGGUACUGCCGGCAGUGGAAAAUGGCGCCCAUUUUGGCCACUUGUCUGUCUUGAGUGGCUUCAUUAAAGGAACCCCCCAAGAAUACAUCACUGACAAAUUAGAAGAAAUCACCAAGCUUUUAUCAGAUGACACCCUAUGUUUUACGCGCAAGAAAAAAAACCAAAUCGAACUAAUCAAGUGUGUAGAAGCCAUAUUGGAAAAAUUCUCCGAAAAAAGCGGCUCCGAAGUAGGCUUCCACCUUUUCAAAAUCGUAAUCUCUGUAAUUUCGUUGCGCGAUAUUGAAAACACCCACUUCACCAUCGACCUUCUCCAACCCCUAUAUAAAACUCUGGGAUUCCCCUACUGUGACGCUUUAUGGAGCGCCUACGCGCACCGCCUUCUCAUCCACAUUGCCACCGACCCCAAAUCUUGGCUAGUCGUGACUUCUCAGCGCUGCAUUUUCGAAACGAUCCUCCUCGAGUCAAAUUCGGCCUUCGGGGAAAACCUCCCCACUAUUGCCAACAUUCUAAUCCAAACUUUAAACCCAGAGGCUGAUCCUGAAUCUCGUUUGAAAACCUUCUGGGCUUUGUCGACAGCGUUUGACCACAAAUCAGUCAUUUUCGAGAAAUCUGACGAUCAGACGGCUUUUUUUGCCAAGCUGAUUUCAGAAGUGUUUGUGCCGUCUUUGGUUUGGCACCCCGGACUGACUGCCGAAGCGCUGCGAACAAUGGCAGCGGCUUGCUUAUUAUGUGCUUUAAACCCUUCAGGAGACGUGGAUUUGUUUGCUGGGGGGGAUGAAUUUAGAGAGUUGUGGGAGAAGUUGGCACCAUUGUUGAUUUCGUUGAUGGAGGAUGCGGCGUACAGAAGUCGACAGUUGGCAAUGGAGUGUGUCGCGGUGCUGAAGAAACACGCUUGCCAACAUGGAGUGUGGAGAAACGAAGAUCUGAUUAGAGUGUAUCCAGAAAUUUUGAAGAGGUUGGAUGAUCCUACUGAAAAAGUGAGACUUUGUGCGUUGAGAGUACUCCCUGAGGUAUUCGCGGACCCACCAGAGGCUUUCAAGGAGCCUAAUUUUAGGGCCCAUCAUGAAUUAAUUAUUGAUACACUUCUGACUCAUUUUGACGACGAUGAUAAAUGUGUUAGGGAUUUAGUGUUCGAUGUUUUGAAGGUGGUUGCCGUUUUCAAUUGUGAAGAAGUACGUUCGAAGGUUGAACGCCAUAAGCCACUUUUGUGUAACCAGGAGGGGUGCGACGAAGUUUUAGAUUAUUUAAAACAAUUAUUGCUACAAUAAAAUAAUACAUAUUUAAAAAUA